UCGUUUGCGUGGUUGCCUUCCCCGCGAAGGGAAGCAGACUCAACGAUCCCCAUCCAUAUUUCAUUGCACCAAACCCACAUGGACUUGCAGGCCGAAGCAUGCUAACUUCCUACCGCGUACCAAAGAAAGAUUUGGACUCUCCGCCCAACGCCACCACUGCACUUCUCCCCUCUCUACUUGCCAUUGCCUGCCUUAAAAGCUCCCUUCAUUUCUUCCUGUCCUCCCCCGCCAACCUGCUUCACUCCAUAUAUAAUAAUGAGAUUCCGUAACGGCGAGUCGAACGAGUACCAUAUUCGGCGCAGGCUCCGAGAUCCGAUAUCUCCCAAGUCGCAUUCCUGUUUUAACUACCGCUUCCUCCAGGCUUUUGGUUGUUGCCUUUCCCUUCAAUUCUUGAUCUCCUGAAAAAAAAGGAAGGAACGAGAGAAGAGAGGGACGGGGGAGGAAACAGAGGAUCGGAUUAAUUAAUGGCACGCCUCGCUCCGCUCUCGGAGGAGCCCAUUAUCGAGGAGGAGGAUUCCCGGAGUGCUGCUCGGAGGAUCCAGCACUCCUUCCAGAACUGGCUCAAGACCUACCUUCCCUUGCCAUCCAACAAGAAGAGCGACCUCAAGAUCCUCCUUAGCGUCCUCGGAUGCCCUCUCUCCCCCCUCUCUGUUUCCCCCAAGCACCACCUCCCGCGCCAUGCGGUCGCGUCGUCGGCGCAGUACAUAAUCCAGCAGUUCCGGGCGACGACGGGGUGCGCGAAGCCGGGUGGCGGCAGGACGGCGAAGAGCAUGUACGCGUCCGGGCGCGUGUGGAUGGAAAUGGUCCGCGAGCACGGCCUCAGCCCGCACGGCGCCGCCUCCAAGGGCCGCCACCACAAGGGCUGCUUCGUGGUCUGGCAGAUGGUCCCCGACAUGUGGCUCGUCGAGCUCGCCGUCUCCGGCCACCAGAUCUCCGCCGGAAGCGACGGCAAGGUCGCCUGGCGCCGCACGCCUUGGCUCGGUGCCCACGCCGCCCGCGGCGGCGUUCGCCCCCUCCGGCGAGCACUACAGGGCUUAGAACCUGAAACGAUCGCGGCCGUGUUCUCGCCGGCGGAGCACGUCGGCGAGAAGCACAUCGGCGACGAAGAGUGCUUCGUGCUGGAGCUGGCGGUGAACAGCUCGAUCCUGUCGAGCUGGAGCGACAGCACGGCGGACAUCAUCAAGCACCGGAUGGUGGGGUCCUUCAGCCAGCGAAGCGGCCUGCUGGUGAGACUGGAGGAUUCGCAGCUGACGCGGAUCCAGUCGCCAGGCGCCGAGGCCAUCUACUGGGAGACCACCACCUCGUCGUGGAUCGACGACUACCGCCGCGUCGACGACCUCGUCGUCGCCCACUCCGGCCGGUCCACCGUCAACCUCCUCCGGUUCGGGGUCGGGGUCAAGGACCAGCGCGUGCUGACGCGGAUGGAGGAGCGGUGGGCCAUCGACGACGUGCUCUUCAACGUGCCGGGCCUCUCCGCCGACUGCUUCAUCCCGCCGGAGGAGGUGCAGAGAAGCUGCCUCUACAACAUUGAGACCAAGAUUGAGGGGAUCUACCAAUUGCCAUGGCUGUAAUAUCUGGAGUGGGGCAUCUCAGUAGAGAAUCGGAUUGCAGGUGAUGCUGUAUGGAUUUGAUUUAGAUAUUUUUUUCCUGCACCACAUCCACAUGGUUUCUUAAUUUUUGGUCACCCUAGCUAAGCCGGUGUUGGUGAAGAAUGUGGAUAUAUUAAUGACAGGUGAUGGACUAGUGUUGUUUCUGAAUAAAAUUCGACUA